GUCCAAUGGAAGGCAAGUUAGCCGUGGGGGAAAAACAAGGGAGGGUCGGAUCUCCAGAAGUUGUUAUGCAAUACUAGCCAGCUGUAUAUAAGGCCACAACCUUAGAGGAAACCAGCGGAUCUCUGUGAGCUGUCCACAUUUUGGUAAUCAGAAUGCUGCGGUACGUUGUGGCCCUCUGCCUCCUGGCUUUGGCCUGGGCACAGGACUGCCAGGUGGCUAACAUCCAGGUUAUGCAGAACUUUGACAAGACCAGGUAUGCAGGGACGUGGUAUGCUGUAGCAAAGAAGGACCCAGAGGGUUUGUUCUUACUUGACAACAUCCAGGCCACGUAUCUUGUCGGAGAAGAUGGCAAAAUGACUGCCAGUGCUAGGGGCAGAGUCGUCAUCCUCAACAAUUGGGAAAUGUGUGCUGACAUGUUGGCCACCUUUGAGGAAACCCCUGACCCUGCCAAGUUCAGAAUGAAGUACUGGGGAGUUGCAUCCUACCUGCAAACAGGAAACGAUGACCACUGGGUGAUCGACACGGACUACGAUAACUAUGCCAUCCACUACUCCUGCAGACUACUAGACUCCGACGGCACCUGCUUAGACAGCUAUUCCUUCAUAUUCUCCCGUCAUCCAACGGGUCUGAGGGCGGAGGACCAGCGCAUCGUCACCCAGAAGAAGAUGGACGUCUGCCUGCUGGGCAAAUACAGACGCGUUGCACACACGGGCUUCUGUGAGAGCAGUUUAUCUGUUGAUCCUCAGUGAACUUGAAACAUCCCCCAUCUGGGACUGUGUGCCUCUCUGCUGGUCUUGGACUGAAUCCCACCAGAGGUCCCACCUCUACUGUCUUUGUUCUUGUUCUUUAAAAAUAAACUUAAGAAUUGCAAACUAUAAAAAUGUCACAUUCACAUGACUAUACUGUACAUAGAAAGGAAAGAUGGCUGUUGAUGUUGGUCUGUUGUCACCAAUAGUAAAGGACACUCUGGGCCUUUUAACAUUUUAUCCGCAACAUGUGUCACAUGUUGUUUUUUGUAUUGGAUCUUCAGAGUAGAGCAAAACAACUUUCUUUAUGGAAACCAGCGGAAAUUGAAAAGACAUAUCACUGAAAAACAACUUUUGGAACUUUUCAGGCAAAUAAUCCGUUGUUAAAAUCUUUUUUUUUAAAGUGAAGCUGAACUCUCAGCCUUACCGCAGUUCCGGAGUAUAACCACCAUGUUUACUAAAAAAAAAAAAAAAAGGUUCACAAGUCACUGGCUGUUCUUUAACACUGAAGGACUUAUAGUAUCGUGUAGCACAAAAGCUGGUAUUGUUAAUAACCCUCACUACAUACAUAUUGAGCCAUGUGCUUUAUAGGCGCAGUAGUUUGGUUGUUUCUUGAUUGUACGAUGUAUACUUCUUGAUUCAGUUUUUGAAAUAAAACGUUCAUACUGUA